UCCCCACGGUGCUCACCAUCAGCAUGCUGGGGUACCCCUUCAUAUCUGCCGACAUGAUCGGAGGGAAUUUUUUCCCCAAUAAGACAAAUGGGGCAGUGGAGAUCCCCGACCGGGAGCUGUACGUGCGGUGGCUGGAGCUGUCGGCCUUCAUGCCCUCCAUGCAGUUCUCCAUCCCGCCCUGGCUCUACGACAAGGAGGUGGUGGAGAUCGCUCAGAAGUUCACGGAGCUCCACGAGUCGCUGGUGGCCCCGCUGCUGCUGGAGCUGGCCGGGGAGGUCACCGACACGGGCGACCCCAUCAUCCGUCCCAUCUGGUGGAUCUCGCCCCGCGACGAGGCCACUCACAGGAUCGACUCCCAGUUCCUCAUUGGGGACACCCUCAUGGUGGCACCUGUCCUGGAGAUGGGCAAGCAGGAGCGGGAUGUCUACCUGCCGGCGGGCAAGUGGCGCAGCUACAAGGGGGAGCUGUUUGAGAAGACCCCAGUGCUGCUCACUGACUAUCCCGUUGACCUGGACGAAGUUGCCUAUUUCCUCUGGGUGUCCUAACAUGGUCCUCAUCUGUGUGCAAUGGACUCAGUGAUUAAUUAACCAACAGAUUUAGUGACCUGUGAAUUGGUAUAGUUUUUUACAUAGAAACACUUCAUUAUGAAAUUUGAAGAAAACACUGAGACUUCUGUUUUUUUAUGGAGCAAGUGGUGCUCCAUAACUAAUUAAUAUAUAUUGGAUGAGUGUCUUUGUUAUUGCAGUGUGACAAGUGCAAUGUAUAGAAACACAGUCUCUGCUCAUAAUCUUUUCCCACCAAGAAAUGCCAUGCACGCUUCUUGUUUAUAAAGGAAAUUACAUGGACUCCUUUGUUACCCAGUUGCACAGCUGAUCCCCUGAGUUAUUUAAAAUUUCAUGUGCUUAGUGAAGGAGGCAGCUGCAGCAAAUUACUUUUUUUUUUACAAAAAGCAGUCUGUGGUUAUCCUGAAGAGGAAGGCACCCAAACUGCAGCCUGCACAACAGAUGGGAACUGAUGCAGGCGUGAAGAGGAGUUUACACUUCCCAUGGCCAUCUGAGUAAGGAGAAGAAAGCUGCAGCACUUGCUGUAUGCUGUGGCAACUGUUUUCCCCCUUUCAUAAAUUAUUGAGAAUCAUGUCCAUGGUGUGGAUUCAGGCUUUCUUCUAUUCCAGCAUAGUAGUUUCCAAGGAACGCAUCUCCCCCGAGGUUGAGAAAGUGUUUCUGAAUGCUACUCUGUUGCUGCUUUGAAGCCCCAAGGAGUCCCUGACAUAUGAGCUUGGGGGAACCAGAGGGUCCUGGAGGGGCCCAGCAAGAUUCCUCUGGCUGUUGUUGCUGCACCAAAAAAAAAAAGCUUUCUGCAAAGCUGAUGCCCUCGAUGCUGAGGAGAGGUGGGAGAGCCAGACUCCAGCCCCCUCAUAUGGCACCUCUGCCUGUGUAAUCAGUGUGUUCUGUAUGCACACACAGCUCUGCCACCCACCUGCAUCACAGACUGGGUGGAAAAAAUAGGCAUCACUUUCUGCAAACUCUGGAGAUAACAUGAGAUGCGUGGUACCAUGGCUGCAAAAAUGCCUCCCCCAUCCCUUUCCAAUCUUUACACCAGUGCUUUUCCCUGCUGCCCACCCAAGCCACAGGGAACCAUGGGGGAUGGGUGCUGGAAGCAUCCUGUGAGCAGGUGGCACCGCAGCCACCUCUCGACACCCUCCUGCAGCACCAGGGCUGUGUGCUGACAGAGGAACAUCUUGUUUGCCUUGCUAAGCUUCAGUCCUGAUUGGUUUAUUGCACUCCCAGUGCUGAGCAAGAGCUCUUUGCUGGAGGUGCUGGUGGCAUGGGACUCUGCCCCAGCACACAGCUCACCCCAGUCUGCUUAUUUUUUGGCAGGGGCAGUUUAUUGCCCUUAAUCUUUGAUGAUCACUGAGAUAAAAACCACCUAGCCCUCCUGGCAACAUAAUAAAAGAAAUAAAAAUCUCUGGUUUUCUCUA